AUGGUGAAAGCUGUGCAUGAAUUUUUUGGUAGUAAGAAACAUUUACCAUGUUUUGCGCAUACUACCAAUUUAAUUGUUACCAACAGUUUGAAAGAUGUCAAUAAUAUUAUUUCUUCAGUGAAGGCUAUUGUUACGUUUUUUAAAACAAGUCAUGAUGCGGCCCAAAAACUUCGAACAUAUCAAAUACAGAAUGGGAAAACAGAAGGUUCUUGUCUGAAACUUAUUCAAGAUAUAAGUACUAGGUGGAAUUCGACAUACUACAUGUUGAAACGAUUUUUGGAGCUUGCACCAUUGAUUAGCAUUAUCCUUUUUGACAAUCAAAAUAUUAAAAUGAUUGAUCAAGAAAACAUUGCAAUUUUGAAAGAGUUGAUAUUGGUUUUAGCUCCCUUUGAAGCCAUGACUGUCGAAAUGUCAGGACAAAAUUAUGUCACUUCAAGUAAGGUUAUACCAAUAGUACACUGUCUAAAGCUUACUUUACAUAAAGUAGAAGUUAGCACUAACGUUGUCAAACAAAUUUUGAAUAAGUUAAAAGAGGAGGUAGCGAGAAGGUUUUAUUCGGAUAAUUCCAGCGUGGAAAAAAAUAAUUUGCUGUCAGUUUCUACUAUACUCGACCCAAGAUUUAAACGCAUACACUUUGAAAAUCCAUUAGCAGAUACAGCAGCAGUUGCAAGAAUAAAAGUUUUAAUUGAUGAACACAAAAUGACUCAGUGUCAGUGUCACCACGAAAUUAUGACAAAAACCAAGAAAAACUUACUGACAUGA